UACUAUUUAUUUUCAUUGGAACUAUAUGUUCUCUGUCUCUCGAUAACUCCUCCCAGCCCCAGGAAACCUAUAAAAUUUCUUAGAUCCAAACUCAGAGAAUGGCCGGUGGAUUUACCAUCAACAUAAACAUUCCGGCUGGUGAAGGAUUUACCAUUAGCAUUAACCCAAACUCUGCUCCAGCGGGAUCCGGGGUAGGGGCUGCCUUUGGCCGAAUUCAACCUCCGGCUGGUGAAGGACUUAACAUUAGCAUUAACCCAAACUCUGCUCCAGCGGGAUCCGGGGUAGGGGCUGCCUUUGGCCGAAUUCAACCUCCGGCUGGUGAAGGACUUAACAUUAGCAUUAACCCAAACUCUGCUCCAGCUGGUAAUCUAUGUGCGAAUCCGUCCUCUCAAAAGCCCCUAGAAUGCUCUCCAGGAAAGGCUAACCCUAAGGUUUUCUUUGAUAUGGCGGUGCGCGGCAAAGCUGUUGGUCGGAUCGUGAUGGAGCUCUUUGCCGACACGACCCCACGGACGGCAGAGAAUUUCCGCGCCCUCUGUACAGGCGAGAAAGGCAUGGGGAAGAAGGGUAAGCCACUCCAUUACAAAGGAUCAAUCAUCCACCAUAUGUGCCCCGAUUAUAUCAUUGGCGGAGGAGAUUUCACUGACGAAAGGAAAGGAUGCGGAGGCGAAUCAAUCUACGCCGGAGGUUUUGUCGAGGAUGAGAACUUCAUCAAAAAGCACACCGGUCCGGGUAUCCUCUCCAUGAACAACGGUGGUCCUGACACCAACCAAUCUCAGUUUUUGAUCUCCUUGACCGAGAACUGGGAACUCGACGAUGUACACGUCGUCUUCGGCCAAGUUGUUGAAGGAUUGGAUGUGGUCAGGAUCAUAUCACACGAACCUCGUAGGGACAAGCUUUCCAAGCCCGUGGUGAUCGACUGCGGUCAGAUUAAAUAGAUCUGAUAGAGAUAUUUUCCAACUACAAUGGUUGCUUGCUUGCUUUGUGUCCUUUUGAUGUUUGGUGCGUUUUUAUUUUUUU